AUGAGCCAACAAGAAGAAAUCUCAACCGAUAAACACAAUUUCAACGAUCCAGCCGAUGAAUUUGCUGCCUUCACAGAUGACGAAUUGAAACAAUUAUUGUCCAAUGAUGACAUUCCAGUCAGUAGACGUUCACGUAUGCUUUAUUAUUUAAAGCAAUGGACUGAAUCCGAAGAUAAAAUUAAAAGAGCCAUUGAUGUUCUUUCAAGUGGUUUUGUCAGUAAGAGUGCUCUCUUGAGACACGAAAUUGGUUAUGUGAUGGGUCAAAUUCACUCUGAGCAUGCCAUUCCUAUUCUUGUCAAGAUUUUAAGUGAUCUUUCCGAAGAUUGCAUGGUUCGUCACGAAGCUGGUGAAGCUUUGGGUGCUAUCGGAUCACCUCUUGCUCUCCCUGCACUUGAAGAACACAGCAAGGAUUCCCUCAGAGAAGUUAGAGAAACUUGUGAAUUGGCUAUUUUGAAUAUUGAAUAUCAACAAGAACAAUUAAAGAAGAAACAAAGUGACGAAGAGACUAUCUAUUCACCAUUCUCAAGUGUCGAUCCUGCUCCAGCUUGUGAAAAUGAUAAGAAACUCCAAUUUGAUGAUAUUAAGAAUACUUUCCUCGAUAUGAGCAAGCCACUUUUUGAAAGAUAUAAGGCUAUGUUUACUUUGAGAAACAUUGCUGGUCAAUAUUUGGAAUUGGACAAGCAUGAUUAUGCUUUGUGUUAUAAGAGAAAGGGACAAGCUAUUGAAGUUUUGUGUCAAGGUUUGACUAAUCCAGAAGAAGGUGCUCUUUUCAAACAUGAAGUUGCCUUUGUUUUGGGUCAAAUUCAAGAAAGAGCUGCUGCUGAAGCUCUCGAAAGUACAUUGCGUGAUAAGAAUCAACAUGCUAUGGUCCGUCACGAAGCUGCUGAAGCUUUGGGAUCAAUUUCUGAACCAGAAUCACUCAAAUUAUUAGAAGAAUUCCAAGCUGAUGAAGUUGAAGCUGUUAAGGAUUCAUGUGUUGUUGCUAUUGAUAUGCACAACUAUUGGUCUGCAUUCUUGAAUUUACAUAAAUCUUCAGAAGAAGAUCAAGAAUAAAUCAAGUUGUAA